UCAACCUCGGGUCAGACCCGAGGUGCGGAAUUUCCUCAGUGGCACGGCGCUGCCACAGCAGUGCUCACCUCCGUGCUGCGCUUUAUUCAAUGGAGCCUCGUGUCUGCUGGUGUUGAAGCUCACGGCUUAUGAACCUGUGGGUUGCGCCUGUGUUUUAGAGGCGAACGUGCGCCUGCUGGACCAAACUCGACUUGUGCGCGGCGAACGCGUGUCGCCACAUCGUAUUGGCUCGUCACUUCCUCCUGUUACUCUCCUCUCUCUCGCCACCUUCCCCUCACUUCCCCGUAGUGCGUGCCUUGCUCGAGCUGUCAGCACCUUAGCGAGGAACGGCGCUGCUUUCGAAUCCCAGCUUUCGUCUCGACUCGCUCUACCAUCUCCGUCCACCUCCACUCGCCGCUUCGCGUGGUAGUCACGUGCGGAAGCGCCCCGUUAUCGCGCGUCAACACUCUUUCCCUGUGCGUCCACAUUUGCUGCAGUACGUGGCGCCAUGCGUUGCUGCGGAGCGGGCAAGGGCACCUCGAGGCAGCGCUAGUCGCUCGUCGCACGUGCGUGCUCGUCGGCGCCUGUCUCGAGUUGCGAGCGUCCACUCACCUCACUGCCGUCGGGGCGUCCCAAGGGUCGCUAGCCGGCUGUGAGCGCUCAGGCAGAGCGGCAGCAGCAGCGGCAGCAGCAGCGGCGGGCGGCAGUGGGGCUGGGCGCGAUGAGCGCAGUGCCGCGGGAGAGCGUGCAGGUGGCGGCGCACAGCAUCGGCAUCGCCAACCUGGGCGAUGAUGUGGCGGCCGCGCUGGCGCCCGACGUGGAGUACCGCAUGCGCGAGAUUAUCCAGGAGGCGGUGAAGUGCAUGCGGCACGGCAAGCGCACCACGCUCACCACGGCUGACAUCGCCGCCGCUCUCAGCCUCAGGAACGUGGAGCCGCUGUUUGGGUUUGCCUCAGCGGACAGCAUGCGGUUCCGCCGCGCCAUGGGGCACAGCGACGUCUUCUUCCUGCACGACCAACCAGUGGACCUCAGACAGGUGUUUGAGGCGCCCCUCCCACCAGCCUCGCAGGACGUGAGUGUGGCGGCGCACUGGCUGGCCGUCGAGGGCGUGCAGCCCGCCACUCCGGAGAACACGCCCCCCGCAGCCAUGCCACCAUCAGCAGCAGUGAAGGCGGAGGCGGGUCGCACAGGAGAUGCCAGCGCGCAGCGAGGGGCGGCAGGGCCAGGCAGGGUGGAGGUGGUGGAGGUGAAGAUGCCGGUGAAGCACGUGCUGUCCAAGGAGCUGCAGCUCUACUUUGAGCGUGUCACCGAGCUGCUGCUCCUCACUGCCCGCUCCACUCCACCUGCCACCUCCGCUGCCACUCCACCUGCCCAGCAGCAGCAGCAGCAGCAGCAGCAGCAGAGCUUGCUGUCUCAUGCGCUGCGCAGUGUGGCGCUCGAUGCCGGACUGCACCCCCUGCUGCCCUAUUUUGUGCACUUCAUUGCUGACGAGGUGAUGCGCUCGUUGGACGACUGCCCCCUACUUUUCAGCCUCAUGCGGCUCGUGCGAGCUCUGCUGCUCAACCCGCACCUUCACAUGGAGCCAUAUCUGCACCAGGUGAUGCCGGCCGUGGUCACGUGUGUGGUGGCCAAGCGCCUGGGCUCGCGGCAGCACGAGGGGCACUGGCAGCUGAGAGCGUUCACCGCAUGGCUGCUCGCAUUCAUCUGCCACAGGGUCGGCGGAACCUAUGCGUCAUUGCAGCCGCGGUUGACGCGCACGUUGCUGCACACCUUGCUGGACCCCAAGCGCUCCCUGCCCCAACACUAUGGCGCCAUUCGCGCUCUCACCGCACUGGGACCCAGAGUGGUGCGUGUGCUGCUGCUGCCCAACCUGCCGCUGUAUGUGCGUCUGCUGCAGGCCGAGAUGGGGGAGGCCAUGCGCCCCGCCUCCCCACCCGCCUCUGCCAAGCAGCACGAGGCAUGGCGCGUCUGGGGUGCCGUGCAGCAUGCGGCAUCAGUGGCGGUGGCGCCUCACCUGCGGCUGUACCAGCCAGCGGUGCUGCGCGCCCUGCUGGAGGGGGGAGAGCCGGGAACUGCAGCAGGCAGUGGGCAGAGAGGUGCGCAUGCGGGUGCACAGGCAAGUGGCAGGGCAGACACAACACGUGGCGGGGCAGACACAACAGGAGCAGCGGGAGCAGCAUGGGCGGGUGGGGGAGUGUCAGGAAGGGCAAAGCUGCCUCCAAGGGGGUUGAGGCUUGCUGCCAGUCCUCGGGUGGCCGUGCCUGCGGUGCGCACCGUGCCCCCGCUGCCGCCUCCUCUCCCAUACGCGCAGGCAGGCAGGGAGGCGGCGCUGCUGCUCUUCUUCCCUGCGCUGCAACGCCGCCAGCAGCGGUUCGGCGGGUACGCGGGGCUGGGGGGGCUGGGGGGGUACGGGGGCAUGGGGCUGGACGAGGGGGGCUACGACGACGGCGACAGCAGCGAGUGGGAGGUGGGCGGCGCGGGGAGGAUGUGGGGCGUAGCGGAGCGCGUGGGGGCGGUGGGGCCGGUGGUGGUGCGCAGUGAAAAUGGGGGCGGGCGGGACUAUGAGGUGGAGGACGAACGCACCAAGGGCGCUCUAGCAGCCCUGGCAGGGGUGGGGAGCGCUGAGAAGGGAGGGCAGGGGCAGGGGACGUCAAGUGGUGAAGAGGGGGAGAAUGUGGGUGUGAUGGUUGAGGGGCUGGUGCACUUGCUAGGGGAUGCCAUGAUUCCAUUUGUACCUACCGUACCCUUGUUCAUGCACCUGUGAGGGUCUCACAAUGUUCGAGAUUCACAGCUUAAGGCUGGUGUGUGGCUGCUAGAGCAGGCCCUAAGAUUGGUUUAGGGUCACGCUGAUUUAUCAUCCUUGCCCCCUGCGUUUAGGCUGAUUUUGCAGCCUUGCCCCUGAAAAAAAUGCUGAAAUUUUCAGCCUUACCUAAAAAAAAAUCGCUGAUCAAUCAGUAGUUAUGAAAAAAAGUCUGAGGCACAUUCUGAAUUAUCCUUCA